AUGAGCGAGCCUAAAGCACGCAUCGAAAUGGCACCGAACGUUCCGGAACAUGCGGGUGAGACCACGUAUGAAUCAUUUCGGGUUGGUGUAAGAAUCCCACCAUUUUACGCCGAGAAACCAGCUCUUUGGUUCUCCCAGAUGGAAGCACAGUUUGCUCUGUCAAAUAUAAAAACUGACGAGACCAAGUUUUAUUAUGUAACGGGGAAUUUGGACCCUCAAUAUGCUUGCGAGGUGGAGGACAUAAUCACCUACCCCCCAACUACUAAUAAAUAUGAAAGGCUAAAAAGCGAGUUGAUAAAAAGAUUAUCUGCUUCCAAGGAGAAGAAAUUAAAGCAGCUCCUCAUGCACGAGGAAUUAGGAGACAGAAAACCUUCACAGUUCUACAGGCAUCUUACGAACUUAGCUGGACCUGGAGUACCAGAAGACUUCCUGCGCACUAUAUGGGCAAGUCGACUCCCUCAUAAUAUGCAAGCAAUUAUUGCUUCGCAAUCGAAAAGCACGAUGGACGAUCUGGCGGAAUUAGCUGACCGAAUUAGCGACGUGGUCGGACCUCAAAUGGCGUCAACAUCAGCCGUCACGAGUAAUAGCAGUGAAAAUACCGAAAUUGCAGCCCUGGCUAAACAAGUCGCUAGUUUAACCGAAAAAAUAGAAAGGAUGUCGAGAGAGCGCGGACGGUCUAGAUACCGGAACCGCAGUCGUCAUCGCUCGAGUUCUACGCGAUCAAAAUCUUCAUCACACUGCUGGUACCAUCAACAUUUCGGCGAACGUGCUAAAAAGUGUAUACCGCCAUGUGACUACCGAGCGUCGGGAAACGCAAAGGGCGAUCAGUAA